AUGUCCGACUACGAAGCACUCAAGAUCUUCUCCAGACAGCCUGUGUCCAUGGAAAUGGUGGAGUUUUUGGCUGCCACCACCUGCUCUGUGAUCCAGGUCAGACCUGUGGUGUCCCAGAAAUCCACCCAGGGUGAAAUGGUGGUGACCCCCGUGGCCAAGGAGGCCGUGCCCUUGACACGUUUCAUCUCUCGCUUGAUUGAGUACCUGAACGUCCAGACCCCUACGCUUAUGGCUGCAUUGGUAUACUUGAACAGACUUAGAAAUGCCUUGCCGGGCAAUGCCGUGGGUAUCGAAACCACCCGCCACAGAAUCUUUUUGGCGUCUCUCAUUUUGAGCGCAAAGCUGCUUAACGACUCCAGUCCCUUGAACAAACACUGGACAAAGUACACUGACGGCCUCUUGUCGAACAAAGACGUUAACUCGGCAGAGCGCGAGCUCAUUGGUAUCUUGAAGUGGAACUUGCGUGUUGACGAGAAGGAACUCGUUGCUGCUUUGCAACCAUUCCUCACGAGAAUCAAAAAGGACAUCCAGAGAAAGCACGAGCUCGAGAGCAGCGCCAAGUCAGAGUACUACCGCAUGUCGAGCUUUUACUCCAGCAACCUGCUUGCCCUGUCCCGCCUGCUGUCGAAGAACUCGCUCUUCUCUGCUUCUAACUAUUCGCUUAAAAGCGCCACCUCUUGUUCCAGCAUUCCAGAGGACCUAGGGCCUUCCAGAAUGCCUUUGAGCGCCAGACUGUCCACGACACUCAACCAGAUGAACAAGAACAAUUUCUACAAAACCUCCGACACCUCCCGCCAGGGCGGUCUCUUGCCCUCCGCUGUUGUCUAG